AUGGGGCCUGGCUUACGGCGACCGGUCCCCCCUUCAGGCCGGACCCCGGGGCCUCUGCUGUCGGCGACGGAGAAUGGCGGAGGCGCAGUGUGGUUCCUGGAAGCCUCGCGCCUGGCCCUGGCCCUGGCGGUCUUGCGUUCGAAGCCGCCCGACGUAAGCGGCAAGGAGCACACGGAGCGCCUGGCCAGGAUGGUGUCCGGAAAGGAUCCCCGGGAGAAAUCGAGAGUGGAAGCUUUGGAAGCGGAAGUGGUUCGCCUGAGGCAGCAGCUUCUCCUGAGCAAAGUUUACCCGGGGUUCGGUUUGGAGAACGGGGAUCCAGCCGUCACGAGCAAGGACACUCCGGCCCUUGUCCUUGCGGACGAUCGCUCCGGCCAUUUUGAAGAUUCCGGGUGCAGCAUCUCAAACGACGACCUGGCGGACACACAAGAUGCCUCAGCUGCCUUCAGCCACAGCGAGCACGGUUCUGCGUCCGACGCUUCAUCCAUAUUGCCCAUGUUGGCUUCCUCCCAUGCCAGCCCAAGCAAGUCUUUGGUUCCUCACAUACAGUUCCUACAACGUUUCCUUGAGCUCAAGCAACUGGCGGAGCACAGAGGUCUAAGAACAGACUUGGGAAAACUCGGAAGGGAUUCUUCCGCAAUAUCUGAUUCUUUCUCUCGGUUGCUCGAUGGCCUGGUUGCCUCCUAUAGUUUGCCCGAACUCCCCUUCUCAGAUUUUAUGACUCGGACAGUUUGUGCCAUCAUAACCAAGUUAUUAAGCGAUGCUGAUGUAUCUCGACAGAUUUUGGGGAAGUGUCUUAAGAAGCUGGAAGACUCUGUGAAAAGACUCAUAGAUGUCAUAUUGAACAGUAGCCACCUCAACAGAUUUCAGGUGCAGGAGUCUAUAUCCUAUGCCCUUGUUUCGAUCGGACAAUGCAACAGACUGAGGAGGCAAACAAUAUCCCUGCUCUUCAGAGAAGUCAGCCGAUUUGCUGAUGAGUUGCAGCACGCCGAUGAGAUUCAAGCCGGGCGUGACACACGAUAUGAAAAUAUUUUCUUUCUGUGUAGAGCUUUGGAACAGCUUCUCGAAACAGGGACGGGGUCAGAAAAUGCUGCUUCCCCUUCAGGCUGCGACGGGGAAGAGAAGAAGAUGUUUCUACAGAAGCUUGACCAAGCCAUUUUUCAUCUUUGUGAUGAAUUUCCCUUGUUCUGUGUUUAUUUAUGGCGACUAGGCACUCUCUUGAAUGUGUCACACAUGCAGACUGGUGGAAGAAGCUGGCCUGCUUUGUAGCAAUUCAUGACUGAGCCUGGAAAAGGAGGCUAGCAGGGACUGACCAAUGUCCACCACCGAAAGGAAAUGGGAUUGCCCUCAU